CGCGUAUCAGUUUCGGCUGAAACGAAGGAGCAGUCAAGAUAUUUUACGUAAACAAGAUUCUCUGACAGAAUCACGAUUGUCUGUAUCGCGUGAUAUUCAUUAAGAGAUAAUUAUCAAGGUCGACGGAGAUCUCAAGGGAGCCGUAGAAAGCUAUCAGGCGUCGCGGACUGUUCGGAGAAGACCACCUGAUAACUUUUUUGGAAGAUGUUGCUGUGGAAGAUAUACGACACGAUGUGAAGUGACGCGACCACGCCAAGAAAAUGUUUCCGAGUGGAGGCGCACGAAUUGCCUUUUGCUGCCGCUAUGCCGGGGACUCCCUAAGGAAACUGUUAGCUUUAAUCUCAACGUGAAUCUGUUGAUUUGAUGUGAUGUUUAGUGAAGCGAUAUUAUGCGAGGAGCGCACCGCGUCUCACGUGAUCAGUAGCUGGGUCGUACCGACUUUCGCGACGAUGCUGGGCAAGUAUCUGCUGGUCGUGAGCCUCACCUGCUGCUCCGCCGGCGCGGCCGCGGACGAGGCCGAGUCGCCCGGCUUUGCGCCCAUCAGGUUCAUCGACAACCAGAGCGGCGACCUGAUCCACGCCCACAGGAGCACCAAGGCCGACGUCGCCAGCGUCAGCAAUACGAAGGACCUCCUCUACGGUCCGUACAAACUCUUCACGGACCUAGGCAGCGGCGGGUGGCCAGACCAGCCGGGCGGCGGCAACGCCACCACCGCCUCCGCUGCCUCCGCCGCCGAGGAGGGCGCUCGUCGCAGGCACGACCGCAAGCACAGGUCGGGGAGCUCCGGCGGCCGCAGGAGGGACGGGAACUGGCACCGAAAGCAGAGGCGGAAGAAGGAGCGCCAGGAGGCGUCGGGCCUGGCCGCCGCUGAGGGGGGGCGGGGCAAGUGGGGGCGGAACUGGCAGCCCAAAAACAGAUUUUUCAACAGGACUCGGAAAUUCAACAACGGAAGACUUAAUAAGAAGAACCUGAAGAAUGACUGGAAGCGGAGACAUGGCAACAGGCAUAACAACAGACGACAAGGAUGGCCAGCAGGGAUUCAGUACAGGUCAGUCAACACGCAACAGCCCAAGGUACAGAAACACAUCGUCAGACUUCACAAUCUCCUGCGGGCCAAAGUCACCCCGACGGCCGCCGACAUGUUAGCGAUGGCCUGGUACGACACGGCGGCGGAGCAGGCGCAGGCGUGGGCGGAGCAGUGCGGAGCGGACUCGGAGGCGGACCACCCGAGUGUCAGGUGGACGUCCCGCUACGGCGCCUGCGGACAGAACGUCAUGGUGUCGCCCAGGAAGCGCCAUUGGAGCUUCGUGAUGCAUAACUGGUGGAGUGGGCGCCGUUCCUUCACGUACGGGGGCGAGAGCAACAACUCCAGUGCCGUCUCGGCCUACACCCAGAUGGCGUGGUACAACUCCCACCAGGUCGGCUGCGGCUUCGCUGAGUGCUCCGAGCCCGGAGGGAAGACCUUCUUCAGAUACGUGUGCAACUACUGCCCCUCGGGCAACGACCCGCGACGGCUCAGCAGACCAUACACCCAAGGUCGCUCGUGUCGGAAAUGCCCGGAUGCCUGCCGCUCGGUAUGUCGGAAACCGGAGUGCAAGCUGUGCACCAACGCCUGCGCCUACUCGGACCUGUGGGUCAAUUGCAAGGCGCUGGACCUGCAGUGGCAUGAAUGGCUGUGCAACACCAAGACUCGCCAUGGAGUGGAGCGCUUCAGAAACUGCCGAGCCACGUGUCAGUGCCUCAAGCGGAUCACGUGAUCAUGAAUGCCAUGCUUUGCAUUCUCUCUCUCUCUCUCUCUCUCUCUCUCUCUCUCUCUCUCUCUCUCUCUCUCUCUCUCUCUCUCUCUCUCUCUCUCUCUCUCUCUCUCUCUCUCUCGUUCUCUCGUUCUCUCGUUAUCUCGUUCUCUCUCUCUCUCUCUCUCUCUUGUUCUCUCUUGUUCUCUCUCGUUCUCUCGCUCUCUCUUGCUCUCUCUCUCGCUCUGCAUGUGUGUGUACGUGCGUGUAUGUGUCAGUAGACGCCAUGGAUCAGAAAGAUUGUGCGAUGACUCAUCUUUGCUCCGCUGCAGUGAUUGUUUGGUCAUGUUAUAUGGACGGCGAUAAUGCGAUAGAUUUUAAGCAGCUAACAAAGCAUAAUAUCAUAUACGGUGAACCGAUAUUCAGAAUACGAAGAUAACUAGAAAUACAUUAUUAAAUAAUCAGUGUGGUAAUGUAAAACUGUGAACCACUUAUGAUAAAAGUCCGAGAGGAAAUCUGUGAAGAAAAAAAAAAUAUUGUGUUCUUACAGAAAAAAAUCUACAUAAAAACAGUACCGAAAGUGUUGUACACGCUGUCUCGUGGUAGCAAAAGCUCGAGAACACUGCAAGCUCUAUUAUGCAUUACCAAGUAGAUUAUCCCAGUGUAUCUUCACUCUAAAUUUUUAUAAGAGUGGCCAAAUCGUGUUCGUUACACAAUGCCACAGGCUCAGCUAGAACUGCCACGAUCGCUUCAUAGAACUCUGUAACCUAGUAAGCUGUUGUAACGGGAACCAAGGAACAGCAAGCAAUGGCAUUCACAACAGACACAUGUCUCUCUGGUCGUGAGUAUCGUGUUGUGUGCGUCGGGCGAGGAACACUGGAAGCAGCCAGGAGAAUGCUGUGCGAAGGGAGAGCUUAUUUGCCAUUGUAUAUAGUGAUGCAGGACAUUUGUCUGGUACGCUGAGUCCAGAUACACUUUUGUUGAUAGACUAUAAGACUGUUGGGACAAGGGCAGUGUUUGACUAAAGCGUGUUCUGUGUAGGAUUAUCAUGAGGAAGAUUCUUUACUGAAGAAAGGAAAACACACACACACAUACACACACACACACACACACACACACACGCACACACACGCACACACACACACACACACACAC